CAUCCACAGUUCCUCUCGACCUUAAAGCACAACCCCCUCUUUCUCAGGACUUAACCAGAAAUAACCACCAGAAUGGCCAACACCAAAUCACCCGCCACAAACCCCAACAUCACACCCGACCCCAACGUCUCCGGUUCAACAAUCCGCAAAGCCUUCCUCGCCGAAGCAAUCGCAAACCUCUUCACCAUCCCCCUCGUAACGCACACAUCCUGGGUACUCUCCCUAAUCCUCAACCACCCCUCUGACAUCAACCCGUCCUCGAUCCUCUUCGCGCGGCUAUUCGGCGGCCUAGUAAUCGGUGGUCUCACAUCUGCUCUGCUCGCCGGCUACACGAAUACGCGCAAUGGCAUUGAGAGCAGACGACCGACGUAUUUGCUGCUGGGUGUGGGAGAAGCGUUGUUGAUUCCGAUUUUGGUGAAUGAGAUGUUGAAGGAUGGAGGGAGGGAUGCAGCGGUUAGUAAGAAGGUUGCAGGGAUUAGUAUUGGGAUGUUGUUGCCGCCGCUGUUGUGGAGGGUUUAUGUGAUUGGUGUCAGGCCGGAUCUUCUCGGACGUUAUACCGAGAAGAGGGAGGGUGGUACGAGGGGUGACUAUGGUCCUAUAAGCUCGCGUGACGAGUAGACCAAAUGUGGAUAGACUCGGCAUGACCAUACUCCCUGGAGCAUGAACGAAUUAAGUUGUAUCCUAGAGGUCCCGGAGACAU